AUGUGCUUCGUCUACUCGUCGGUGCUGCGCCUGCACAAGCGCGUGCACUCGGGCGAGAAGCCGUUCAAGUGCGGCGAGUGCCAGCGCGCCUUCACGCAGUCGUCCAACCUGCGCAAGCACAUGACGACGCACACGGCGCUCGGCCUCAACCGCCACCGCAAGACGCACGGUGGGGAGCGGGCCUUCGUGUGCGAAGACUGCGGCAAAGCCUUCAUGUUCCGCACCAACCUGGCGCUGCACCGGCGCGUGCACACGGGCGAGAAGCCGUACAUCUGUGACGAGUGCGGAAAGCGCUUCUCGCUCUCGUCCGGCCUCGCGCGCCACAAGAAGGGCCACUCGGGCAAGCGGCCCUACGCGUGCCCCGAGUGCGGCAAGGCCUUCAUCCGCAUGGCGCACCUCAACCAGCACCGGCACAUGCACACGGGCGAGAAGCCGCACGUGUGCACCGUGUGCGGCAAGGGCUUUGCGCAGCACUGCGGCCUCAACUACCACAAGAAGCGCUGCUUCAUUAGCCUGUGUACCUGAGUCGGCUGCCAUCGCCGCCACUGAGGCCAAUGCCGCAGUAGCUGUAUUUGCUGCUAAGCCGUGUCCACGCACAGGCAUGUGGUGAAGUAACGCCGAGUCUGUUACAUUUGCGAGUGUGAGUGCCCGGUUAUGGGCGCAGCUUCGAAGGCACAGGUGCCUCCUGUAGGGACACUGACAGCAGUGUAGUUUAUUUGGCAGAGCUUUUAGACUACGUUUUCCGUUACCAUGCACAGUGUUGGAAGGCAGGUUGUUCACUGAGUGACUGUGGUGGUCCCAUGUCCACCCAUUUGUCAGUGUGUGACUGUCAUCGACAGCGCCGUUCUACGCCGGCACGUCAUACACAUCCACAUCUCACCCACCACAUCUGCCGUGGCCCGGUAUUGAGGAGACAGCAGUUUUGUUUGUAAAUACGUUUCCAUGCUGUACAUUUAACAACAACAAACUUUUAUGUAAACUGAAUUGUUUUCAAGAGCUUAAAUAUUGCAUUGAAAUGUAGAAUCUGUUUACCUC